GUCCGAGUUCCCGUCUGCUUCGACCCCGCAGUCUCGAAUAUUACACCUUACUACCCCACAGCAUCGUCCCUGUGAUUGUCAUCCAUCUCCUCGACAAUGCAAUCCUCAACCUCCCCGAAGACGGAGGAUCUGAUUCUGUCUUCGGUCCUACAUGGGCCCAAAGAUCUCCGCAUACAAAAAAUCGAUCUCCCGCCACCAAAGCCGGAUGAGCUACAGAUCCAAAUCCGCUCGACGACUCUCUGCGGCUCUGACCUACACUACUACAACCACUACCGCAACGGUGACAUCAUAGUCAAGCACCCGCUGAGUCUGGGCCACGAAUCCUCCGGCUGUGUCGUCAGCGUCGGCACCUCGGCGUGGGGCCAAGGCUGGAGACCCGGCGAUCGCGUCGCGCUGGAAGUUGGAAUCCCCUGCGGCGACUGUGCACGCUGUCUGGAAGGCCGCUACAACAUCUGCUCGACGCUCAGCUUCCGCAGCAGCGCAAAAUCUACCCCGCACCACUGGGGAACUUUGCAGGAGCGCAUCAACCAUCCCGCGAAAUGGUGCCAUCGGAUUCCCGACGAGGUGAGCUUUACGCAAGCGGCGCUGUUGGAGCCGCUCGGCGUUGCACUGCACUGCACCCGACGCACCAUCAAGAACGGGUCUCUGGUUCCCGGGGCGUCGGUGCUGGUUAUCGGUGCUGGAGCGGUGGGAAUGCUAAUCGCUGCGGCGGCGGGCCUGGCGGGAGCGUCCACGGUGGUGAUCACAGAUAUCAAUGCGGGCAGAGUGGAGUUCGCGCGGCAGCACGGAUGGUGCACGCACAGCCACGUGUCGCAACGAUCGCCGCCAGCGAAUGCCGCCGACGACGACAAGCUCGCACCGGCGAAAGCCGCUGCCGCCGAGAUCUUGGCGGUAGCUGCGCGGCCGGGCGGUGUAGAUGUGGUCUACGAAUGCACGGGGAUGGAGAGCUGCGCACAGACGGCGAUCUUUGCGGCGCGGCCGGGAGGAGCGGUGAUGCUCGUGGGCAUGGGAACGCCCGUGAUGACCCUGCCAAUCUCGGCAGCCGCGCACAAGGAAAUCGAUAUUCUCGGCGGGUUCAGAUACGCCAAUAUGUACCCGCUUGGCAUUGUGCUGUUGGGGUCGGGGAAACUCCCGGGAUUGGAGGAGCUGGUGACGCAUACCUACGAGGGUCUGGAUAGAGUCGAAGAAGGGUUCAAGAUGGCGGGAAGAGUGGCCAGUGAUGAUGGAACUCUUGUAGUCAAGGUGGAGGUGCAGUUUAACAGCACGUCUUCUUAAGGCUGAUGUUGCCGAGUGCCGGGAGAGUAGUGGCUGCGGCUUCAUAGCGGCUUUAAACCAUGCUCCGAAUGCGCACAUACGGUACGAUACGGCAACACCAGCUGUUGCUCGGGAAGACUUUCAAGUUGAUUCUUGAAUAUUGGCUUGAAUCGACUUUGAUGUAAGACCAGUGUGUGACGGUUAAUACGAGAAGAUGUUAUGAGAUGACU